UUUCUUCUUUUUAAUAUUUUUGCAAAAACAAGAAAAGCCUUUGCCGAAACUGAAACGCUUUCCGAUUUCAGCUAUUGCAUUUCACUGAUUAACCCUACUCCAGCAGCGUUUCCAUCCCUUCUCUGGAAGCUCAGCAGCGUCUGAAGCAGCCCUAAGCGCAAGCGAUGAUGCGGAGCCUGUUAUCUCGGAACCUAUGGCGUAAAAUCGCCGCCAGCAAAUCCUCAACUACAUUAGGUAAUCGGAUAGCUUGUGUUGGUGGUGGUGUGGGUUGUGGCAGUGGCGGGGGGGGGUGGUACGUGCUGAUACCGAUGGUGAUUGAGCACUCGUCGAGAGGGGAGCGCGCCUACGACAUAUUCUCGCGGCUGCUGAAGGAGCGGAUCAUUUGCAUCAAUGGCCCCAUCUCCGACGAUACCGCUCACGUCGUCGUUGCGCAGCUGCUCUUCCUCGAGUCGGAAAACCCCUCCAAGCCCAUUCACAUGUACCUCAAUUCCCCUGGUGGUGCUGUAACUGCUGGUCUUGCUAUCUAUGAUACAAUGCAGUAUAUCCGUUCACCAAUCAACACCAUAUGUCUAGGUCAAGCUGCAUCGAUGGCUUCUCUCCUCUUGGCUGCUGGUGCAAAGGGUGAGAGGAGGUCCCUCCCAAAUGCUACAAUUAUGAUUCAUCAGCCUUCUGGUGGAUAUAGUGGGCAGGCUAAGGAUAUAAGUAUCCACACCAAGCAGAUUAUUCGUGUUUGGGACUCACUGAAUGCACUUUACUGUAAGCACACUGGACAGCCUCUUGACAUAAUUCAGAAGAAUAUGGAUCGUGAUUAUUUCAUGACAGCUGAAGAGGCAAAGGAGUUUGGGAUUAUAGAUGAGGUCAUAAAUGAGAGACCAUUAGCUCUCGUGACCGAUGUUGUAGCUGAUGAGAGCAAAGAUAAAGAAUCAAGUUAGAUAUUCAGUUUGUUUUCAUCCAUGGGAUGCAUUUCUGACAUUGUACGUGGAAAAAUUUUGGAGUGUACGUCAGUCUGAGGCACAUUAAAGGAAAUGUAUUGACUAAUUCUAGCAAUAAUUAUCUCUGUCCUCUUUCCCCCUUAUUGCGAGAUAGUUUAUGCAAUACCAUUAAGAAUGAAUCCAUUCUCUCGCGUUAUUGAGUGUGUCUUGUGCGUUUAUGUUUAUCUUACUUCAGAAAGAACUUACAGUAAUCAUAUAAUCAUCUGGUUCUCUCAUAUUUUCUCUCUUUUCCCCCCUUUCGUUUCUGAUUCUAGGAAAGGGUUGUAAAUUUACAACUUCCUGGAUGAUUUAUCCUCCAAUCCGUUAUUUCAGCACCAUUCGGCCAUUUCAUUAUCGUAGUUGAACUGGUACCAUGCUGGUAUCAUGAACUUAUUGUUUAA